UUUUUCUUCAGUGUCAAAGAAGAAGCAAUUUGAGUCGACGCAACCAAGAGGAGCUCAGGCGCAGUUGUCAUCAGGUUGCUACAACUUUGAGCAAAGGUCACAACACGAUUGGAAAACUGCGCCAUAAUAUAGAGCCGUUUUUGUUUUACAGAUGCUGGGACAUUGUUGCAUCGCUUAGUUUAUUUCCUGCGUGCCUCCGGUCCUCUCCCCCGGCUGACCAAUGCUUCUGCAUCAGUACAUGAACGGAGCCUUGGAAGUCAUGCAUCCCUCAGCGAUACAGAAAGACACUACUUUUACCAAAAUCUUUGUCGGCGGGCUGCCAUACCACACGAACGAUGCCUCACUGAGAAAAUACUUCGAGGCCUUUGGGGACAUUGACGAGGCUGUGGUGAUAACGGACCGACAGACCGGCAAAUCCAGAGGAUACGGCUUUGUGACAAUGACAGACCGAGGAUCAGCAGAGAGAGCCUGCAAGGAUCCCAACCCCAUUAUCGAUGGCAGGAAGGCCAACGUGAACCUGGCCUACCUGGGGGCCAAACCCCGCAGCAUUCAGACAGGCAUAUCCAUCGGAGUGCAGCCCAUUCACCCAGCACUCAUCCAGAGGCAGUAUGGGUUGGCCCAGCAGUACGUCUACCCACAGGCCUACAUGCAGCCCAGCAUGGUGCUGCCCUCUCAGGUUUCCUCCUCCGUCGGUAGCAGCCCCUACAUGGACUACAGCGCCGCCUACUCCCAGUACGCCCAGGCGGCCUUUGAGCAGCAGUACCCGUACGCCGCCUCUCCGGCCAGCUUCCUGGGGUACAGCUACGCCACCAGCCCCACAGCCAGCGCCGGACCAGCCCCUGCCGCCACGGCACCGGCCUCCGUCCACGCCUCCCUCCCCUCUGCCGCCGGCCCGGGACAGGCCUUCCUGCACUACGCCCAGCAGCAGCACAUCCAGCCGGACCGCAUGCAGUGAGCCUGUGAAGGAAGCACCGAAGAAGAAGACGAAGACGGUGGAGGAGGGAGUAGUGGAUGCGGACCUUUUUAUAAAGAGAUGAUGGCGAAACCUUUAAGGGUGACCCAGCUAUCAUCAGCAGGGGCUUUCAGGAAGAAAAAAAAAGGGUGGGACUAUUGCACUAUACGAUCAGGAAUGAACCCUUUGCUCGUUGGCUAAAGGGUAAAAGGGUUGGGAGGCUGUCAAGGUUCACGUUUGGGAAACUAGACAGCUUAAAGUAUGUGGUUGCUUCCAAGGGCUUCCAGAAGCUGACACUUCAUGUUUUUAUUAUCAUUAUUAUUAUUAUUUUUAUCGUCCUCUAUUAUUGUAUUAAUGUCAAUGUUUGUUUGUAUGCCAUUAUUAUCAAUGUUGUUCUGGCUCAAUCAGUGGAAGUCCUGUGUGUCCGUGGUACAUACUGAUGGUGGGAGAGCUGUCACACCUCUUUCCUCCCGACCCCCAGUGUCAGGGGCCGGAUAUUAAGGGCACUGCUGCUUUGGGACACUCUGGGACAGUCGGAGAUGGGUGAAGGCAAACAUGGGGGGGAGAAGGGAGAAGGGUAUACAGCCAGCCCUAAGCCUCUCUGUGGUCCCAUCCUAGUGCCCUUCACAGGGUAGAACUGCCCCGUGAACAAAAACCUCCAGAUCUACGACACAAGAGGACGAUGAGAUUUCACCUCAAGGACAAAUCGGAAAGAACGUUUCAGUAUAAAUGACAGUGGGAGCUCCAUUGUUUUUUUUAUGUCAGGACUACACUUUUUUGUAUUCUUAAUUAAAGAGGCCUUAAUAAUACAGAAACUCCUUUUUUGAAUCUCUUGAUUUUUCAAGCGCUCCCCUCCCCACUACAGAAACUAAGUGCAGAGAGUUUGUAACUGGCCUUUCAGCAGUCGGUCACAUUUAUCUGGCUUGCUUGGGUCUUGAUCAUUUCAAAUGGAUGUAGAUAAUCACAUGCAGUACGUGGGCGACGGGGAGCAGGAGCGCUGUGUAUCGUUGUUGAAAGGUAGCUGACACUGAGCUCAAACACCAGUGUGUUUCUUUUUCUCACUGAGAUUGUUGAGGACAUUCAUGUACAGCAAUUUAAAAUGUUUUCAGUCAUCAAGUACAUUUACAAUAUUUAUAUGUAGGUAUUUAUAUGAGGUACUAAGUUAAGAUAGCUUCUUUGUUUUGUUACUAUGACUCUUGUUGUGGCACUGAUGUCAUUUAACCUGCAGAUACACAGGUGUCGUAUUCAUUUUGAUUUAUGUCCUGUCACGAUGUCCGACGAGUUGUGUGCACGGCAACUACAAUUGAUGCUCUUUUGUAGAUCCUUGACCGGUUGCAUAAGAAAUUCUUUACAUUUUUUUUCAAUAAAGAUGUCUUUUACAGUCUCUUCAAAGAAGCCAUACCAAAAAAAAUUGAAAUAAAGACUUUGUACAUAAAGA